AUGGCCGGCGACGGCAGCGGCUACGCGAGCUCGUCGCUGCACGGCAUCACGCGCGCGUCGUCGCCCAACUACACGCCCAAGGGCGGGCGCGCCGGCGCGCACGAGCUGGGCCACCUCGUCGGCGGCGCGUCGCACUCGCUCCUGUCGUCGCGCCAGUUGACGGGCCCGCCGAGCCUCGCGCAACGGUUCGACACGCCCCAGGCGUGGCUCGUCCUGUACUUUGCGUUCAACCUCGGCCUCACCCUCUACAACAAGCUCGUCCUGCAAGGGUUCCCGUUCCCGUGGACCUUGACGGCGAUCCAGAUGCUCAGCGGCACGAUCGGGACCCAGAUCGCCCUCCAACGAGGUCUGUUCACCCAGGCGCGCCUGACCAACAAGGAGAACGGCAUCAUGCUCAUGUUCUCGGGCCUGUACACGAUCAACAUCGCCGUCAGCAACCUCAGCCUGCACCUCGUCUCGGUCCCGUUCCACCAGGUCGUGCGCGCCAUGACGCCCCUGUUCACCAUCUUCAUGUCGAUCGUCCUGUUCCGCAAGCGGUACUCGCGGCAGACGUUCCUCGCCCUCGUGCCCGUCGUCGCCGGCGUCGUGUUUGCGACCUACGGCGACUACUCGUUCACGCCGUGGGGCUUCAUCCUCACCUUGAUCGGCACCUUCCUCGCGGCGCUCAAGACGAUCAUCACGAACCGGGUCCAGGUCGGCCGCCUCAAGCUGCACCCGCUGGACCUCCUCGUGCGCAUGAGCCCGCUCGCCUUCAUGCAGUGCGUCUUCUUUGGGUGGUGGAGCGGCGAGCUCGACCGCGUGCGCGCCUACGCCGCGACCGACAUGACGCAGAACAAGGCCAUCGCGCUCGCCAUGAACGGCGCCAUCGCCUUUGGCUUGAACGUUGUGUCUUUCACGGCCAACAAGAAGACGAGCGCGCUCACGAUGACGGUCGCAGAUGGGUCCUCUCUCUCCUCGUUCCUCUCGUCCACUCUCGCCCCUCGUCUCCCUCCCGCACCCGCACGAGCACAGCCUGACAUGCCCCCUUGUUCCUCCCUCCACCCAACGUCAAGCAGGUCCUGA